AUGAGUCCGGGAACGUCCUCUUGCCAUACGGCAUUGAUGAACAUCCUUUCCUCCCAGUCGUGUUAUUCUACCACCGUGAUGAAUGAUGUCAACGGAAAUAUAGUCGGCAACAACGUUGGUGGACAGAUGCAGAUUUCGUCUGCAGGUUGUGAAAGCGUGGACGUUGUUCGCGUCUGGGAUUGUAACCAGCUGGCGGCUUGUGAUGAGGAAGUUCGUGAUUGCCAAUAUACGCAGCAGUCAAUUGAUCCCAAUGGGGUUGACCAAGUUUUCGAGAUUUUGGGCAGUCAGCAACAAUCGGAUAUGUUUGCAUCGGUGGAAGGAAAGUAUACGAUCAAUCUCGACUAUGUUCCCGAAUUAAGUAAGGCGGAAAACAUCGGGGAGAGGAAUUUGGCACAAGGCUUAUCCAUCUGGUCGGGGGAUCUUUCGCGUGAGCUAUUGGCUAUUGAGUUUGAGUCCAGCGCGGGUUCUUCCUUGCCAUCGGAUAACUCUGCUCUUCCUAUGUCAGGCGCAGCAUUUGCCUGCGCUAAUUCAGAGCCAGCACCCCAAGUUGCUAGCCCUCUGGGAGAUGAGGCAUGCCCAUUCGACUUUGCAUCAGCUUUUGGUUCGAUCGAUAUGUCCCAGGUCGCCUCAUUGCAAUUCAGUUCCCCGUAUGAUUCGAAUUAUACUUUCUCCCCCGGUAUAUUCCAAGUCUCAACAAGCGGGUCGGGAAAACAAACUGAUAACCCGUUAACUCCAUCGUCGGUGGUUUCACAAAGCUUGCGUCUGGAUACGUCCCAUCUCGAAAAAGCGGAUCCGGUCUUUGAUUUAUUUUCCCCACUAUACACAUCGGGUUCGCCCUCGACCAGUUCACUACCGUCGCCACCAUUGAGUCCGAUGACAUACUGCAGGGAGGCUUUGUCGAAAGCUAUGAAUGAUUCGAGUGACGUUGGUUUGGCACCGAUGGAUAGUGAAGCUCCCGCCGUAAUGGAGCGCACUACCCCGAUCCGGCGCAAAUCCGCCCCUCCCAAGACUCUUGUGUGCAACUGGCCAGGCUGCACCAAAACUUUUACGAGAAAAUUCAACCUUAAAGUACACCAGAAAGUUCAUACCGGGCAGGACUUUUUUACUUGCCAGCACCCACCUUGUUCCCGCCAAUUUGCUCGUCGCCACGAUCUGAUCCGUCAUAGCCGCUUGCAUACUAAUGAGCGACCAUUUGUGUGCACUUGGUGCGGAGCUGGGUGGUGCAGGAGCGACGCACUGAAAAGGCAUUUGAGGAGGUGCGUUGAGAGCAUGCACGUGUAAGAGUGGUACGAGUUAUGGUUGCAUAAUUGUAGGGGGUGAAAUGAGGGGCGAAGCGUUGAUUUACUUACUGAUAUAUAGGGAUUACAUACUGAUGUAUAUUGCACAUAUUAAUGGAUUCUAAACAUUUUGUAAUAGGUAGCUAGGUUUAAACAGAAUAACAGUAAUCUUACCUACCUAGGAUACUCCUAAAAAUAAAAUGUCGAACACUGUCUGGCA